UAAACAAAAUAGCGACUUAUUUUUAAAAAAACUGCAUCAAUUGUUUCGUAAUGUCGCUUAAAACCACUGCGACAAAACGCAGUCGACCGUUAGCUGUCUUAUUUUGAAAACACGAACCGGAAGUCCAGCGUCUGCUCCGCUUUCUUCACACCGCUGAGGUGAAGUUGAGUGUGGCAAGUCAUCCUCCGAGUGACCCAGGGACCCGGGAGGGAGGCGUUCAACAAGUUAAAAACCUGUUUCCUUCUCGGAUAAGACGCUCUUUUCUCCUAACAGUCCGGGGGGGAAAGGAGGACCACUGUGAAACAUGGCUGCUCUCUCAGCCUGGUUCUGGAACGAGAGGUUUUGGUUGCCUCACAACGUAACCUGGGCGGAUCUGGCAGACCCAGCUCCCGGGGUGGAGUACCCCAAGGCUGGACACUUGUUGGCUGCUUUGCCGCUGGCUUUGGUAAUUUUCGCCGUCAGGAUACUGUUCGAAAGAUUUAUUGCCGGUGCCUGUGCCCGGAGUCUUCAAAUUCAACAAGGCGUUGGACGAAGAGCUCAGCCCAAUGCAGUUCUGGAGAAAGUGUUUACAUCCAUCACAAAGAAUCCAGACUCCCGCCAUCUGGAUGGCUUAUCUAAGCAGCUGGACUGGGAGGUGCGAAAGGUCCAGCGUUGGUUCAGACACCGCAGGAACCAAGAUAAACCAAGCACACACACUAAGUUCUGCGAGAGCAUGUGGAGGUUUACGUUUUAUUUGUGCAUAUUUACCUAUGGGUUCCAGUUUUUGUGGCAGUGCCCCUGGCUGUGGGACACACGGCAUUGCUGGUACGGUUACCCCUAUCAGGUCAUGACUCCUGGUCUUUACCACUACUAUGUGACAGAACUGGCCUUCUACUGGUCACUAAUGUUCUCCCAGUUCACCGACAUUAAAAGGAAGGACUUCCUGAUCAUGUUCAUCCAUCACCUGGCUACGGUUAGCCUGAUCAGUUUUUCCUACGUCAACAACAUGGCGCGAGUAGGGAGCCUCGUGAUGUGUGUCCACGACGCGUCUGACUUCCUGCUAGAGGCAGCCAAGCUGACCAACUAUGCCAAGUACCAGCGCUUGUGUGACUUCCUCUUCAUUGUGUUUAGUGUGGCAUUCUUCAUCACAAGACUUGUAAUAUAUCCAAUAUGGAUCCUGAACUCCACUAUGUUUGAGAGCUGGGCAAUAGUCGGGCCGUACCCGUCCUGGUGGCUCUUCAACAUUUUACUGCUGGUCCUCCAAGUGCUGCAUAUCAUCUGGUUCUACCUCAUAGCCCGUAUAGCUAUCAAAGCCAUGCUGCGGGGCAAGGUGUGCAACGACGUCCGCAGUGACAUUGAGAGCAGCUCAGACGACGAGGCGGACACGCCAGAAGAAGGCCACAAGGCUUAUCAUACCCCCAAGGGAGAAAACGGGACUAACGGCCACUAUGCUGCUGUUAAAGCUCGAGUUCAAAACCACAGCAGCUGAUGACACGGAGCCUGGAGCUGGGAGCCCCCUGCAGUUCAUCCCUCACCUCUCCAAGAGCUUUGUUUGUCUUUUGACAUUCCCUUGACAUGCAAGGCUCACACCUACAUUCACACAUACACACACACACUCAGUCUACUAUCAUACGUUGGUGAACCAACAGUGGAUAUACUGACGCUGACAUCUGCUUUGAAGAGCCCUGUAAUGACACGUACGACAACACACGAGGCGAAAUCUGAAAUGAUAUGGAAAUGAGUCGAAGCAAGUGAUUUGCAUAGCCUUGUUUUUUUUUCAAAUGGGAUUUAUUUGCUGCCAGAUGUUUGGUUUCAAUGUUCUCUUCCAGUUUUAUUGGUCAGAUGAACUUGACUUUUGUGUUCAGGAUGAAUUCGCACUGGAUCACAAAGGUCUGAAAACUGCCGCUGCACUGCUCAGUGGAGCACCAAACUUUGAAGUUGUGUUGUAUUUCCAAUUGGUGAUGUUACAGCAGUCGUUUUACAUGAAUGACUUUUAUAGCUUUGGUUUUAUCAGCUCUUAAAAGAAGGGCACCUGCUGUGUACCUACAACACUUAAAAGUUUUAAAUAGCAGCAGUUACUGUCCUCUGUGAUGUAUUGUGGAUUUACCUUUUAACCACUUUGUUUGUGUUUCUGUUUUACUGUUGUUGUUUUUUUACUUCUUCAGAGACCAAAUGUUUAUGAAAUAGUUUAAUGCCACUGCCUAGAGAAAUCCAGGUGUGAGGACUAUACUAAGUGUCUGGUAUCAAGUGCCUUGUUAAAAUGUAUUUCCAAAUAUAUUCUGUUGUUGAAACAUGUCUUCAUUGUUGCAGUCCUGUUUACAAACACCAAACUGCACUGUGUGAUUAAAGGCAUUUAAUAUAAUUUAGUACAAACAAUUACAGCCAUCUUCACUUUUCAAACAUCGUCACUCUCGGCAUGGAUAAACAGGCCAUGGAUGCAAAUAAUUUGUUCUUCGUUAAUUUGCUUGGAGAUGUUUUCACAAACAAAACCUCUUCCUUCCGAGGGCACGUAAACGACCUGAGAAGAAUAAACAUCUUAAUGAUUUUACGA